GUACGGAUUGUGAAUAUUCGAGCGGACGAAAUUGUCGAUGGAAAUCCUAAACUCACUCUUGGUCUGAUAUGGAUUAUAAUUCUACAUUUCCAUUUAUCCGAUCUUCUCUAUCUUCCAAAUGGUCAUUUAGUUGGAACAGAGAACGCCCUUCCUUCAGACCUUGUGAUUCCAGAAAAUCGCCUCCUCUUCAACAAUGGAAGCAGUUCUUCGCAGAGUCUUGCCUUUUUAGAUGAAACCGCUGGACGAAAUCUCCUUGCUUGGUGUCGAUCUGUGACUGUUGGAUAUAGAGGAAUCGAUAUAACUGACUUCUCCUCUUCGUGGAGUGAUGGUAGAGCCUUUCUGGCUAUCAUUCACAGAUACAAAUGUUUCUACGGAACGAAAAUCCGCCGUAAUGAUCUAAGUACUGAUUUAAAGAAGACACUCAUUAGGCUUCCAGUGGCUAGGGGCAUUGAGGAGUUCGACAAAGUUCGGAAGCAAGCCGCCUCUGAAUGUGUUGAAAUUCAAGAGUUUGGUUGGCGACCACAUCUCUUCGAUUAUGCCAAAGUAGCCAAUCUACCUCCCAAAGAAGUUCUAGAUUUUGCCUUUAAGAUAGCUGAAGAACGUCUUGGUAUAACUCGACUAAUUUAUCCAGAAGAUUAUGAGCUCAUGUGCAUUAUGUCUGAGAAUACACAGAUGCAAGCUCUCUCUCACUCAAGGUGA